AUGUCUGAUAAGGUAUUUAGAAUCGACUGCGGUUACCAAAACUACGACUGGGGUAAAAUUGGUUCGACUUCUGCUGUUGCCCAAUUUGCUUCCACAUCUAAUGUCAAUACUGUUAUUGAUGAGCAUAAGCCUUAUGCGGAAUUAUGGAUGGGUACUCAUCCAAGUGUUCCCUCCAUUGCCGUUGAAAACGGUAAGAACUUGAGAGAUUUGGUUGGUUCUGAUCCCAAAGAUUUAUUACAUCAAUCAAUCAUUGAUAAGUUUGGUUCCUCCAAGGAAUUACCUUUCUUAUUUAAAGUUUUGAGUAUUCAAAAAGUAUUGAGUAUUCAAGCUCACCCUGAUAAGGCUUUGGCUGCUCGUUUACAUGCUGCUGAUCCUAAAAACUAUCCUGAUGAUAAUCAUAAGCCAGAAAUGGCUAUUGCUGUCACUUCUUUUGAAGGUUUCUGUGGUUUCAAACCUUUACAGCAACUUGCUACAACUUUAAAGACUAUUCCUGAGUUCCAUGCCAUCGUUGGUGAUGAAUUAACCAAUAAAUUCAUUUCUGGUAUUGUUCCUGAUGCCAAAGCUGGUUCUAAAGAAGAUGCUUCCAACAAAGAAUUAUUGAAGAAAUUAUUUGCAUGCGUCAUGAACACUGAAGACUCCAUUAUUUCUUCCAAGGCUUCAGAAUUAGUCAAGAGAGCUGAAACUGAACCUCAAACUUUUGAUUCCAUCAACGAAGGUUUAGCCGAAUUGAUUGGUAGAUUAAAUAAGCAAUUCCCUAACGAUAUUGGGUUAUUCUGUGGUUGUUUGAUGUUGAACCAUACCUGUUUACAACCUGGUGAAGCUAUAUACUUACAAGCUAACUGCCCUCAUGCAUACAUUAGUGGUGAUAUUAUUGAAUGUAUGGCUGCCUCUGACAAUGUUGUUAGAUCUGGUUUUACUCCUAAGUUUAAGGAUGUUCCCAAUUUGGUUGAAAUGUUGACCUACGACUAUGAGUCUGUGGAAAAGCAAAAGAUGCCUUUGUUAUCCUUUGAUAAGUCCAGAGGUGAAGCAUCAAGAUCUGUGUUAUACAACCCGCCUAUUGAUGAGUUUGCUGUGUUACAAACACUUUUCGAAAAGGCCGGUCAAAAGCAAGAGUUUGAUGGGUUCUUGGGUCCAUCUAUUCUCAUUGCAACCAAAGGUAAAGGUCAAUUGAAGGAAACUGCCACGGGUAAGACAUUUGACGUCAAGGCGGGUUAUGUCUACUUUAUUGCCCCAGAAGCUGCUGUUGAAUUAGUUUCUACAUCAGAUGAUGUUCCUUUCACUUCAUACAGAGCCUUUGUGGAGGCAUAG